AUGCUGCAGUACCUCGCGGCGGGCGCCAUGGUGACGUGCCUGGUGUUCGACUUCAUCGCCAUGGGCGGCCUGGCCAAGCAGACGCGGCAGUGCAUCGACAACAGCGGCGGGCGCGACGCGUGCGGCGACAUCUACGGCAUCAACUGGGCCAUCACGACCCUCAUCGCCGUGUACGGCGUGCUCAUCGUCCUCAUGUGCCUCAUGAACAAGAUUCGCGGCAUGUACUCGAAGAGCUUCAUCUGCGGCUCCCUCGCGAUGUUCUUCUACUGGGUGGUGCUCUUCGCGGACGCCGAGAUCGUCAUUGGCAACACCGAGAAGAAGCAGGACGGCGCCGUGGCGUCGGGGUACGUGGCGCUGAGCAUCGGCAUCCCUGCCGUGAUGGCGCUCGUGUCGCUCGCGCCGGAGCAGCGUUCGGAGGAGUACCAGAGCUAA